ACUACUACAGUCACCAUGGGCAGGAUCAUCUUCUACGAGGAGAGGAACUUCCAGGGCCGCUCCUACGAGUGCAGCAGCGACUGCUCCGACAUCCACAUGCACCUGAACCGCUGCAACUCCUGCAGGGUGGACAGCGGCUGCUUCGUGGUGUACGACCGGCCCAACUUCAUGGGGAACCAGGUGUUCCUGAGGAGGGGCGAGUACACGGACUUCCAGCGCAUGGGGAGCAUGAUGGGCAUGAUGGGCACGGCAACGCUGGACACCGUUCGCUCCUGCCGCAUGAUCCCCAUGCACCGAGGGCAGUUCAGGAUGAGGAUCUACGAGAGGGAGAACUUCGGGGGCCAGAUGCAUGAGCUGAUGGAGGACUGCGAGUCGCUGCAGGAUCGGUACUACAUGUCCGACUGCCAGUCCUGCAACGUGAUGGACGGCCACUGGCUGAUGUUUGAACAGUCCAACUACAGAGGGCGCAUGAUGUACGUGAGGCCAGGAGAGUACAGGAACCUCCGAGACAUGGGAACCAGCAACAUAAUGAGAAUCAGCUCAAUCAGACGCAUCAUGGAUAUUUGCUGAAUGUAGUUUAUUUUAACAAAGAGUAGGUGAAAAAUAAAAUGACUUGAAGUAUCA